AUGAGAUUUUAUUGUGAAUAUUGUAAAUCGUAUCUCACCCACGAUACUCAAAGUGUCAGACAAAGUCAUUUACAGGGGAAGAACCAUAUCAAAUUAUAUUGUCAAUAUUACUUAUCCAAAGCUCAGGAGAAUGACAUUAAGGAGAUAAUCAAUCCCGACAUAGAGUUAAGUGAUGUUGUCAAGCAAGCACCAGGAUUUGAUGGGAAUCUAAAAUUUUCUGUAGGGGUAGGUGAUGAGAAUGAUAAUGAAUUCAAAUUACCACCUCCACAAGUGAUAAAAGGGUAUCCUAAUCCACCACCAAGCAUAUUACAUAACGAAAAGGAUAAAGAGGGAAUUGUAUAUUUAAUGAGCAAAAAUUAG